CCGCCCCUCCCCCCCCCGCGAUCGUUCUAGACGUCGCCCUGUGCUGCACCGCAGUCUUGCACGAUAUUCCCAUCGUUCAACCUCGGUAGCCGACGAAAAAGCCAACGAAAAGGCGCCCACGCACGCACGCGCUGCUCACCACACCCCCCCAGGCGACUUACACGGAUUACGCACGCCGCCUGCUCUUCCUCUCUAUCCUUCUCACCCUUCUCCUGCGCCGCCUUUUCGCAACUGCGUCACUCCGGAAGGGGGCACGUCUUGCCGGUUCGCAUGCUCCCGCUUCGCCUGCCCAACCUGCUCGCUUGAGGGCUUCCCGUUUUUAGGCACAUUUUGUAAAAACCCGCGGAAUCGCUGUCUUGCGACAGCUUCCGUUUGAGUCACUUUUCCAGAUGUUUCGACAGAGGACCAGCUCUCAGAAGCCUGGCGACGAGCUGCUCGCCAACUUCCGACAACAGUUCCCCGAGAUCACGUCGGUAACCUCUUCGGUGGCGGGAGCGCCGGCGCAGCUUCCAUUGGCUUCUGAUAACUCGGUUCUCGCUCCGCCGGGCCCAGAACAACACCAGAAUUCUAGUCAAGAUGUCUUCCGAGAUCAGGACCCCACGCCACGCGCUUCGGGCGCCGAGUGGCGGUUCACCCCCUCGAUGCUAGAUCCCAACUCCUUCUCCUUUGGUACCUACGCCAACCAAGCGCCGGGCUACUACACGCCCACGCCCGGCGGCACCAACACCGUCUACCACCCGCAAGCGGGCGAAUUGCACGCGCCGGCGGUGGGCAUACCUAUGGGCCUCGGCACUCCGCUCUCCCUCCCUACGAGCGAGGGCGCUAUACAAGCCGGGCCGGCCAUGAUGGACCUCGCCCAGUUCCAUCAGGGGAUGCAGGCGCCGCCACCGUUUCAGCAGCCCUUCAACCCGUUCAUCCAGCCGACGCCGCCUCAGCCCGCCUUCGCGCCCUCAACCUUUGUGCAUCACGACACCGGCUACGAGACUAUGGAUCACGACGGGUCGCCUUUCGACUCGGACAGCCACGAGGAGCACAUCGGAUCCAUGGACGCGACCUUCCACUCCAAGUCUCCGCCUAAUAUCCUGGGUUUCCAGCCCAAACAAUUCGGGACGUCCAUGGCCCACCUAUUACCGCUCUCGGCCGAGAAGUUCCGUUUCUAUUCGACCUUGAACGCGCCGACGGCGAUGAUCAAGCACGCGGACGAGAUCCCGGUAACUUACCUCAACAAGGGGCAGGCCUACUCGCUAUCGGUAGUCGACACCGCAGCCGCCCUACCUAUCGUGCCCGGCACAAAGUACCGGACAUUCGUGCGUAUAUCUUUCGAAGACGACCAGCAGCGGCAGAAGCCGGGCGUCUGCUGGAGCUUAUGGAAAGAGGGUCGAGGGACCAACGAAGCACAUCAGCGCGGCGGUAAGUUGCAAGCGGUCGAGUUUGUCGAGGCUGGGCAGCCGGCCGAGGGCGACGACAAGCGAACCCGCAUCGAGCUCGAGAGCGCUUCGUUCGACGGGUUCUCGGUGAUUUGGACGCCCGGUGUCAUCAACGGCGUUGCCGAGUGCAGCAUUGCCGUCCGCUUCAACUUCCUCUCGACCGAUUUUAGUCACUCUAAGGGUGUUAAGGGCAUUCCGGUGAGGCUAUGCGCGAAGACGACCCACCUGACGGCUCCCGAUUCAUCUCCCUCAUCGGACCAGGCCUUCGAGAUCUGCUACUGCAAGGUCAAGUUAUUUAGGGACCACGGAGCGGAGCGAAAGCUCUCCAACGACGUGGCCCACGUUAAAAAGACGAUCGAUAAGCUGAAGCAGCAGAUUGCUCAGGCAGAAAGCGGAACCAAGGACUUCGGCAAGCGCAAACGAGGGGGCGGUUCUCACGCCAAGGGACACGAUCAUCAGCGGCCGGGGAAGGCCCCGAAGCACAAGAGAACUUGGUCCAUGUCGUCGGCGAGCUCGGGGGGCGGAGGGGGCGGCGGUUCGCGGCCCUCGCUCGAGGACGACCUCCAUUUCAAGCUUCAGACGCUGCAGGACAUGUUUACUAGCACGCGACCGGUGAGCAUCUUGUACCUGCGCGGCGACGAACUCGACGAUCCGGAUCUGCAUCCCGUGAGCCUCCCGGGGGAGCCUACUGACCUAACCAAAGCCGACGCCAAAGACAACGCCGCUUGGCAAGCCAGAAGUGGGCGGAGUUCGGUAGCUGCAUCCUCGCUCGUCUCUCCUUCGCCGAGCUCCAUGUCUUUACAUUCGCAGUCGGCCAAUGCCACCCAGUGGAAUGACUUCCAGAACGGCGCAGAGCUGGCGGCCCUCCGACGAGUGGCCGACGCACCCACCAAGAUCGCCAAAGUAUCCGAAGACGGGAACCUAAGCGGGUGGAUAGAAGCCCUCGGCGUCGACCCCUCCUACAAACCACCCGCCGAGAACCCGAUAAAACCCGUCGCAUGUUUUUACGUCGUUCGUCGACAACCGUCCAAUCCCGAAAAGCCCGAGCUAUACAGGGCGGUCUACUUGGGCCAGAGGACAAUAUCGGAGUUCGUGACGCGAGUUUCGGCGAAGUGGGCCAUCGAUCCCAGCGCGGUCGUGCGAGUCGUCCGCGUCCUCGAGACCGGGCUCAAGGUCGAGGUCGACGAUGACGUGAUACAAGUAUUGGCCGAGGGCCAGGACAUGACUCUCGAGAUCGCUGAGGUCGACCAUAGCGUGCCUCAGCUCAAACGCGAGUGGGACACGAUGGCUGUCGACGCGCCUGAGGGCGACAGAAACUCGGCCCACAGCGCGUUCCGCACCACCACCGGCUUCGAACUACGAAUCGCAUUCUAACUUCGGCGGAUAUUGAUACGAAUACCUGUCUCUUCUUCCAAUUCUUUUUUUUGUUCUUUUUUGCUUUCAAGAUACUUGAGGCGGAUGACAAACUCUGGGAUCUGCCCCUUCCCGCCACGUUUGUUAACGACCACGAACACUUAUUAUACCCAAACGAAAA